UGUAUUGCUUUUACAUUCAAUUAGUCAUACACUGUACUGAAAGAAUGCCACGUUCAAGACGACCAAACAUUGGCAGACGUUCACGUCAAACAAAGUGAAGAAGUUCGUGUUCGACGAAAUGAAAUGGAAACACAACGACACAGACGGAGAACUCACUUGGAUAAUAGUGAAGCACCAAGAAACCGUCGUGGGCGUACGUCCGUUUAUGAUAUACGUCAAGUGGAACACGCGGCUUUCAAUUACGAUGCCACCAUUGAUUACAGCAUGUAUGCCUACAUUGGCCAGAUGAAUAUAGAAUGUAUACAUUGCAAAGCAUUUAAAUUCAUAAACGAAACGCCUGGCAUGUGUUGUGCUGGUGGGAAAGGCAAAUUACCGGUGCUAGAACUUCCGCCAGAACCUUUUCAUUCAUUGGUUUUUGGUAAUUCGCCAACGUCAAAGCAUUUCGUCUUAAAUAUUCAAAAAUACAAUUCAUGCUUUCAAAUGACAUCUUUUGGAGCUACAAAUAUUAUAAAAGAUGGAUUUAUGCCGACGUUUAAGAUUCAAGGUCAAAUAUACCAAACAGCUGGGUCUUUGCUACCAUUCCCAGAUGGUGAUCAUAAAUUUUUGCAAAUAUAUUUCAUUGAUGGUGAGAAUCGUGAAUUAAAUAAGCGCUGUGCAAUUUCGACGAAUACGAGAAGAUCAAUCGUGUAUGAAUUGCAAACAUUUUUUCAUCAACACAAUGAAUUGCUGGAUCAGCAAACAACGUAA